UCCAACCAUCCAAAAUCCCACUCCUCAGAAACGGCGCGAUGCAGGCCCCUUCUCUCCUCUGUUCAUCUCAUCGAUUCCCCGUGCCCUUUCAAAAUCGAUGCCUUGUUUCCGUGAAUUGCUUGCGAACUCGCCAACUCAGCCUCGUUCCUCUGCAUAGUGCGGCUUUACGACAAAUACUUGAAACCAGUAAGGCUGAACCCCAAUUUGUUGAAAUUGGGUACAUAUGUGGUGUUCAUGGGCUUCAAGGAGAGGUUCGUGUAAAGCCCAAUACUGACUUUCCUGAAUUGCGGUUUUCCAAGCCAGGAAGAAGAUGGUUGAGACAACAAGUUUCAGGAAGAGAAGCAAUUCAGGAAGUUGAACUAUUAGAUGGAAGAGGGCACCCAGGACAGAAGAGUUGGAUUGUUAAAUUCAGUGAAAUUCACAAUGUAGAUCAGGCACAGUUGUUGAUAGGAUCAAGUAUACUUGUAACUGAAGAAGAUAAACCUGAAUUGGAGGAAGGCGAGUUUUACUCUCAUGAUCUUGUUGGCAUGAAAGUUAUCCUCAAGGAAACUGGCAAGCCAGUGGGUACUGUGGUUAAUGUUUUCAAUAGUGGAGCAAAUGAUCUUCUACAUGUCAUGCUGAAUUUGUCCACUGAGGGAAAUCCAAAUUCUGGACCAGCUGCUACUCAUCCCCUUGUGUGGGUCCCAUUUGUUGAAGCAAUUGUACCAAAUAUUGACAUAAAUAAAAGAGAAAUGUUCAUUACACCUCCAAAGGGACUCCUUGAGCUAAAUAUACGCACAGAUGACCGGUCCAAGAAAGAAAGGCGCCAGCUUGAAUGGAAGGAAAGGAAAAAGUUUCAACAACGCCUCAUAGCAGCAAAGAAGAGAUUGUCUGGGAUGGAACAACAACAUGUUUUUCAUGGAUUUAGAUUUGGAGGAAAGGCUGAAACGAGGUUACUUUCUGAGCAGAUCAUUUCUGUAAAUUCCAAAUUGCUUCAACAAGUACAGCAAAAUAUUGAGAAGCCUGCAAAGAGGUGGAAUUUACAGGAGUUUAUUGAAGUUGAUUUAGCCAAACAUGUAAGAAAUACUUUUAGAGUAUCAGAGGAAUGCCUUUCUAACUCUCAAUGGAAAGAGAAGCCAAAUGCAAGUUCAAAGUUUCAAGAGAAGGGUCACCUCCUCACUGCUGAAGGCAAGCUUGCUAUUAUCUUAUUCAUGGGCGAUGACUGUCAAAGGAAUGAAAGCGCCUUUGCUACUGAUCUUGUUGACAAAGCUGAUGGCUCUUCCAUCCGGCUGGUAGAGGCACUUUUUCAUGAUAAUCACAGGUUUCUAAAUAUAGAGGAUCGUGCUUCUGUGCCUCUGAUAUUGGUUUGCCCUGCCAAUGAUAUCCAAUCUCUCCAAAAUACAUUUGCCAGUCAUAAUCAUUUCACAUUUGACUCCAAGAAGGUCUGGUUUUUGGAAGAAGAGAAACUCCCUGUUGUUACUAAUUCUCCCGAAGAACAAAACAAGCAUAAAAUUUUGAUGAAGUCACCAUGGGAAAUACUCCAAAGGCCAGUUGGAUCUGGAGGAGUUAUUAGCUUACUUUCAUCAGACAACAUUCUAGAUAAUCUAAGCAACAUGGGUGUGGAUUAUAUUGAGGUUUGCGCCGCAAGCCGGAGAUCUGUUGCCGGGCACGCUCUGCUCGGUCUAGUCAGUUCUUGCCAAGCGAAUGCUGGGAUACGAAUCUCAGAGGACACCAACCACCUUGACGACGACUUUGACAUGGUAUUCUCUAUUCAAUUUAUGAAGCACUUGACGAAGCAGAUCAACGAGCUGCAGUUCCAUGCCAUCCCUGAGCGGCACCCGCACGUCGAGAAGGUCGGGAAAGAGUGGGUCGAUGUUGUGCCCUCGUCGCGCAACUCGUACGAGCUCCGAUGUUCGAUUUAUAGUUCUUUGAAUCUUUGUCCACCUCAUCAAGUUUGUCUCAUGAAUGUAACGAAAUAAUAUAAUAUUUGGAGUAUCAAAACCAACACUACACAUUUUGUUGUCGAAAAUAGUAGAUUUUGUGUCCAUUUCUUAUAA